AUGGCAGCAACAGACAUUGCAGCGUUCGCGGGCGGGCAACUGUCGUUACUGGACAAUGAACUGCAGGCAGAGGUGCAAGAGACACAGCUGCUGACAGCCACAUAUGCGCCCACGACACUCCAACGCGCAGGCCUUGCCGUGUUGAAUUUGACAGUGUCCUCGCAACGAACCGGUUUCGGUGGUAAGACGUUGCUCGAACUGGGCAUUGACCCAGCUGUCGCGGGCGAUGGCGCGGAACUACCUGAACAUGGCCUCCGUGUGGGAGAUAUUUGUGCAGUCGCCGAACAACCCAAAGGCGCGGAAAGGAAGAAGGAAAGAGAAGCCAUGGAGAAACAUGGCGUAGAGGGUGUCGUGACUCGAAUGAACAAGACCGCCAUCACAGUCGCCCUGGACAAAGAAGAAGUAGACGUGCCCAACGGCAAGCUCUGGCUAGUCAAACUGGCCAAUGAUGUUACCUUCAAACGACUAAACCAGACGAUGACGCGACUGCAAAAGAUGCAGCCAGCAGAGCACAGCAUGCUCAUACGGGUACUGUUUGGACAAUCCUCUCCAACGCCAGUACUCGAUUCUGAGCUCGCGAAGGAGGUACAGUGGGAAGAUCCUACGUUGAACGAAAGCCAGAAGGACGCAAUCCGUUUCGCACUUGCCAUUCGAGAGAUCGCCUUGAUUCACGGCCCGCCAGGCACCGGCAAAACCCACACACUUAUCGAACUCAUCUUGCAGCUUGUUCAGCGCGGUAUGCGGCUGCUCGUUUGCGGACCUAGCAAUGUCAGCGUGGACAACAUCGUAGAGCGUCUCGCAUCGCACAAAGUCCCUAUGGUGCGGCUGGGACAUCCUGCGCGUCUCCUGCCCAGCGUGCUCAGUCACAGCAUGGAAGUCUUGUCGAGGACCAGUGACGCUGCCGCGAUCGUUGCUGAUAUCAGAUCUGAAAUGGAUAGUAAGCAGGCUUCGGUCCGGAAAACGCGCAAUGGCCGCGAACGUAAGGCCAUUUACGGCGAAAUCAAAGAACUGCGCAAAGAGUACCGCCAACGAGAAAAUCGAGUGGUAGGGGAGAUCCUCAAGAGCAGCAAGGUAGUCCUCUCGACGCUUCACGGAGCCGGAUCUUUCCAGUUGAAGGACGAAAAGUUCGACGUGGUCAUUGUGGAUGAAGCAAGUCAAGCGCUAGAAGCGCAAUGCUGGAUUCCGGUGCUCUGGACUGGUGCUUCCAAAUUAGUGCUGGCAGGCGACCACUUGCAGCUGCCACCAACGAUCAAGUCAGCGAACAUGAAAAAGGAUCAAAAGACGGCCAAAGGAGUAGACAAGGCAACCAAGAAACUUGACAGCCUGAGUCUCAAGCAGCAAGACAAAGAAUCAACGUCGACCAAGUUGAGUCUAGAGACCACGCUGUUCGAUCGGCUCCUGGAGUUACACGGCAAUGAUAUAAAGCGUAUGCUGACCACACAGUAUCGCAUGCAUGAAUCCAUCAUGGCAUUUCCUUCGCAGGCUUUGUAUGAUGACAAAUUGUUGGCAGCAGAGGCCGUCAAGCUUCGGUUGCUCAAAGACUUGCCCUAUCCGGUCCAAGAGACUGAGAAUACCAUCGAACCUUUGGUAUUCUACGAUACACAAGGUGGGGACUUCGCAGAGAAGGCGGAGGAAGAGGAAACCCCUAAAAGCAAGUCCAGUCUGCUGGCUGACAGCAAAAUCAACGAAGCUGAAGCUCUCAUCGUGAGGGAUCACAUCGAGAGCCUUGUCACAGCCGGGCUGAAACCGGAGGACAUUGCGAUUGUCACGCCAUACAACGGGCAGGUCGGCCUGCUUUCUCAGAUGCUGAAAGAGCGAUUCGCGGGCUUGGAAGUGGGAAGUGUCGACGGUUUUCAGGGCCGAGAAAAGGAGGCGGUCGUCGUCAGUCUCGUUCGUAGCAAUCCUGAGCGCGAGGUUGGCUUCUUGGCGGAAAAGCGACGACUGAAUGUUGCGAUGACUCGGCCCAAACGACAUUUGUGCGUGAUCGGGGAUUCUGAGACCAUAGCCAAGGGAUCAAAGUUUCUGAAGAGUUGGAUGUCACAUCUCGAGGAGCACGCAGACCUUCGGUAUCCAGAUCUGAGCGAGCUGGCUUCGAGUAAAUGAAGGGAUUGUUGUUAGCGCGAGCUUGAACCGACCAGGGCCCCAUCAUGCUCGAGCAGAUUGACGAUGCAGAGCUAAGCCGUAAGCGAGCACACUGCUGCAGGUCCCUGACUCCGUGCCUGCGCCAAAUUGCGAGACGCGGACCUGGCAGCGUUUUGCGGUAGCUAGCAUGUGCAUACGAGCGCACAACCUGUUCGGUGCUUCCAGGCUCGUGUUGGAGCGAGCGGCUGCAAGGGCGCGAGAUGAGAUGAGGUGCUGUGCAAGCAGCGUUAUUAAGAAC